CUGUCAACAACACAGUUAACAUGGCGGAGCCGACGAUGGAGGCAGUGGAGUUGGAGCAGUUAACCAAACGAGUUUACAUCAACAACUUAGACUCUUAUUCAUCCAAACACAUCGCCCAGUUCUUGCAUCGACGUUUGGUCGGACCGUGCGUUGACCCUGAUGCUGAGGACGAGAAAGACAAGAGGACAUCUGGAGUUGUGCAGGUUGUAGGAAGUGUUUCUGAGCAGUCUGAUGAGGACAGCCCACACGUGCUGGAGAAAUACUUUGGUCUGAACAGGGACGAGCUUCUCCUUAAACUGAUGGAGUGCGACGUCAUCAUCUAUAACGUCAGCCAGAAUGAGGAUCAGGUGGAAGAAGCCUUGUGGGCAGUUUCAGCUCUUCACAAUGAAAUAGGACAGUUCUCUGAACCAAAGAUGUUCAUCCUCAUUUCCACAGUGAUGACCUGGGCAUGCAGCAAGCCAGAUCCGGAUAAUCCAGAGCGUCCUUUCAAUGACAAGAUGUUUGUCAAAAGAAAACCACAUCCAAACUUCAAGCAACACCUUUACCUGGAGAAGAAAGUGGCCAAAAUGGGCAAAACAGACAGAACAUUGUUCUUGACUUAUGUGGUGGCAUCAGGACUUCAGUAUGGGAUGGGAGAGCACGUCCUACACUUCUUUUUCAAGACAUCAUGGCUGGGACAUGAACCUGAAACACCUGUCUUUGGAGAUGGCCACAACAUCAUCCCUAUGAUUCACAUCAAUGACCUCGCAAGCGUGAUUCAGAAUGUGAUUGAACAUCAGCCCAAGCCGCACUACCUGGUUGCCGUGGACUCUGCCAGCAGUACUAUGGAAGACAUUGUGAAGGCAAUUGCUGCUGAACUUGGAUCAGGGAAGACCAAGCGUACGCCAUUUGAAGAUGCCUUCCUCACACAGGACUUAAGUAUGAUGGAUAUUGAAUCCAUGAUGGUCAACCUUCGCAUGGAGGCCAUCUUGGUCAAAUCACUAUUCACUAUCAACUGGUCAUGUGAGUCUGGUCUGGUGGCUAACAUAGAGCGGGUGGCGGAGGAGUACAGGCGAACCAGAGGACUGCUGCCUGUCCGUCUGUGUGUGCUGGGUCCUCCUGCAGUGGGGAAAAGUGCACUGUCCAAACUGAUCUGUCAACACUACAGUCUCCACCACAUUACACUGAAGGAGACCAUCUCUGAAGCAAUUACCAAACACGAGGACACUUUUAAGAGUGCAGGUGUAGAUGCAGAGGGUGAAGAUUCAGCAUCUGAGGCCCAAGAACUGCUCAACAUUCUGAAGGAGACUAUGGAGCAGAAUGGAGGGCUUGUGGACGAGCAGGUGAUGAAGGUGGUGAGGGAUAAACUGAUGUCCCCCCCAUGCAGAAAUCAGGGUUUUGUUCUGGAUGGCCUGCCCGAGACAUAUGAACAAGCUAAAGAGCUCUUCACUGAACAUGAAUCAGAAGAUGGGCAACUCCAGGCUUCUGCAUCUGGGAAGAAAAUCACACCAGAGUUUGUGUUUAGCCUGGACGCGACAGAUGAUUUCCUAAGGGAUCGGGUGCUGAACAUGCCUGAGAGGCUGGUGCAGGAGAACCACUUCGAACUGGAGCACUUCCUGCCACGCCUGGCAAUAUACAGAGAAAACAAGGAGGAGGAAACUGCUGAGGACUACUUUGAUGAGCUGGGUAUCAGCCAUGUCUGCCUGGAGAUCACCAGCAGUGAGGAACCUAACUGCUCUCUGCUGAUGCAGAUGGUCUGUGAUGUUGUGGGCGAGCCCAGGAAUUACGGCCUUUGCAGCCACGAGCUGGAGGAGGAGGAGAGGAUUAUGGCUGAGGAGAGGAUGAAGACAGAGUCCCAGCUGAGGGCAAAAGAGGAGCAGAGGGAGAAAGAGGAGGCCAUAAAGAGGAAUGCACGCUGGGAGAAGUGGGGCCUGGAGGAGGGGAAGCUGCAGGAGGAGCUGAUGGAAGCCCAGUCAGCCCCGAUGAAGAACUACCUGAUGGAGCAUGUCAUGCCUACUCUGACCCAGGGUCUGCUCGAAUGCUGCAUGACACAACCCGCUGACCCUGUGGACUUCCUGGCCGAGUACCUGUUAAAGAACAACACCUAUGAAUACUAAA